CUGCUCCUGUAUUUGAGCUCUGCCGAUUCGGAUGGGCAGCAGGUGUCUUUUCUUCGCGCCAGAAAAACUCUUAACCUCUUUCCUCCCACGCAGACCUCUGCUCGAUGUCAAGGCGUUUUUCUAUCGCGCCGGAGGGCUGGAGAAAAAGCGCUUAAGCUCAUGUAGUAAAUUAAAAUGAACUGUAGAUGUGUGUGAGUGUGUGCUACUGUGCUUCAUGUGAGUGGAAAGCAGGCAAGGAAAGAAUGAACCAUACCGUGUGAGGACCGUCAUGAGAUAAGAGUGAAGAACCAUCAAUUGAAAACGUUCCACCUGGACCAGAGAAGCUCUCCAUGACUGUGGACUAUCUCAAUCCGUGAAGACAAGAAAGGAAGCAUCAGAAACGGCUUUGGACUGUUCGAAGAGAAUCCCUAAACUCAACCAUGAGUGUUUCCCACGAAACCUGCCUCCUGGACCAGGUGCUGGAGCUGAUUAUGAAUGAGAAGCCCCCCAACACUGCCAGCCUUUUCCUGAACGAGGACGCCGACAAGCCCCCCCUCCCCAAUCGAGGCCUCUGUUGGCAGCUACGUAGGGCCAUGCAGAAGAGAGCGGCCAGCACCCAGGACAGGAUGAGCACCAUCACUAAGGAGAGCGUCAAGGGCUUCCUGAGACGCAACCUCUUUGUCCUCCUCACCAUCGCAGCAGUGGCUCUGGGUGUCAUGCUGGGUUUCGCCCUGCGGCCCCACAACCUGACCCUCAGGGAGAUCAAGUACUUUGCCUUCCCUGGAGAGCUGCUGAUGAGGAUGCUGCAGAUGCUGGUUCUGCCUCUCAUCGUCUCCAGCCUGGUCACAGGUAUUUCCUCUCUGGACAGCAAAGCGUCUGGGAAGAUGGGAAUGCGGGCUGUGGCGUAUUACAUGGUGACCACCCUCAUCGCUGUCUUCAUUGGCAUUGUCAUUGUGAUUGUCAUCAAACCAGGGAAAGGCCAUAGGGACAGCCCAGUGGCCUCUAGCGGUACCAUAGAGCCGGUACACGCAGCUGACGCCUUCCUGGAUCUCAUCAGGAACAUGUUCCCUCCUAAUUUGGUGGAAGCCUGUUUCAAGCAGUACAAAACGGUCUACAAGAAGACCAUCCACACGAAGAACGUGACUGUUGCCCUCAGUCUGACAGACUCCCUCAACACUACAGAGGCUGCCUUGGCUGUUAACAUGAGCAGAGUGCUGCAGACCAUCCAGGAGACAGUGGUGGAGAUGAUCCCCGUGUCUGGUUCCUCUAACGGGGUGAACGCCCUGGGUCUGGUGGUGUUCUCCAUGUGCUUCGGCCUGGUCAUUGGCAGCAUGAAGCAGCAGGGUCAGGCCCUCAGGGACUUCUUCGACUGCCUCAAUGAAGCCAUCAUGCGCCUGGUGGCCAUCGUCAUCUGGUAUGCUCCAGUGGGCAUCCUGUUCCUCAUAGCAGCUAAGAUCGUGGAGAUGAAGAAUCUGGCCGAGGUGGGAGGUCAGCUGGGGAUGUACACGGUGUCUGUUAUCGUGGGUCUGCUCAUCCACGGCUUGUUUGUCCUGCCCCUACUCUACUUCCUGGUCACCAGGAAGAACCCCUACACUUUCAUGGCUGGCCUUCUGCAGGCCCUCAUCACAGCACUGGGAACAUCCUCUAGCUCUGCCACCUUGCCCAUCACCUUCCGCUGUCUGGAGGAGAACAACCGUGUGGACAAGAGAGUGACACGCUUCAUCCUUCCCGUGGGUGCCACCAUCAACAUGGAUGGCACUGCCCUCUACGAAGCCGUGGCAGCCAUCUUCAUCGCCCAAGUCAACGACAUGGAACUCAACUUUGGCCAGAUCCUCACCAUCAGUAUCACAGCAACAGCUGCCAGCAUCGGCGCAGCAGGCAUCCCACAGGCUGGUCUGGUUACCAUGGUAAUCGUAUUGACAUCGGUGGGACUACCCACAGAGGACAUAACGCUGAUCAUCGCUGUGGAUUGGUUCCUGGAUCGCUUAAGGACUACCACCAACGUGCUGGGGGACUCUAUCGGGGCAGGCAUCGUGGAGCACCUGUCUCGCCAGGAGUUGCAGAGCCAGGAUGUUGAGGUGGGCAACUCAGUGAUUGAAGAGAAUGAGAAGCCCUACCAGCUCAUCUGCCAUAAAAACGACUCAGUGAAGCAUCGCAACAGUGAGACCCCCAUGUAGGGGUUACGACAAUCUGAAAGCAUCCACUAGCUACUACCGUACUUCUUCAGUGUUUGUAGAUAUGGAGGAACUGGAUAGGUGUAAGCAAUAUGGGGAAAGCUAUUGGAUGCCUAGGUGGAGCCAUCACCAUAUUGCUAACACUUAUCUGGGUAACUUCAGGUCUGCAAACACUGUAGGGAUAGUGGCUGGAGAUUGUUUUGACACUGUUAACCAUAUCAACUCAUAUCAACUGUUUUGGUCCUUUCAGUUCAAAUCUGAGAUGCAUCUCAAUUGUCUAGAGCAGUGUUUCCCAAACUUUUUAUAGUUUUUGUCACAAACCUGCUAGUGGGAAGUGACAAAGAGCUCUUAUAGGUCCAGGGCACAAAUAAUAAUAUAUUAAUCAUCAAUCAUUUUGCUCUUUAUUUAGCCAUCUUACAUAUUAACUUUAUUUGUUCAUCUAAAAUUGUGAAUUACUCACCACAGGUUAAUGAGAAGGGUGUGUUUGAAAGGAUGCACAUAACUCUGCAAUGUUGGGUUGUAUUGGAGAGAGUCUCAGUCUUAAAUCAUUUUCCACAUACAUUCUGUGCCUGUAUUUAGUUUUCAUGCUAGUGAGGGCCGAGAAUCCACUCUCACAUAGGUAUGUGGUUGCAAAGGGCAUCAGUGUCUUAACAGCGCGAUGUGCGGAUACUCUGAGAAAUCUGGCAGUGGCUUCUGAUUAAAUAACAUUUUCACAGAACAGCUUGUGGCAAUUUCGAUGAGGCUCUCUUGUUCAGAUAUUGAUAAGUGGACUGGAGGCAGGGCAUGAAAGGGAUAACGAAUCCAGUUGUUUGUGUCAUCCGUUUCGGGAAAGUACUUACGUAAUUGCGCACCCAACUCACUCAUGUGCUUCGCUAUGUCACAUUUGACAUUGUCCGUAAUCUUUGAGUUAAUUUGCACACAAAAAAUCAUACAAUGAUGGAAAGACCUGUGUGUUGUCCUUGUUAAUGCAGACAGAGAAGAGCUCCAACUUCUUAAUCAUAGACUCAAUUUUGUUCCACACAUUGAAUAUAGUUGCAGAGAGUCCCUGUAAUCCUAGAUUCUGAUCAUUCAGGCAGGAAAAAACAUCACCCAGAUAGGCCAGUCGUGUGAGAAACUCGUCAUCAUGCAAGUGGUCAGACAUGUGAAGAUUAUGGUCAGUAAAGAACUUUAAGCACGUCUCUCAAUUUAAAAGUGUCAAUACUUUUCCCCUUGAUAACCAGCGCACUUCUGUAUGUUGUAAAAGCAUUACAUGAUCGCUGCCCGUAUCGUUGCAUAGUGCAGAAAAUACACAAGAGUUCAGGGGCCUUGCUUUAACAAAGUUAACAAUUCCCUUGGCAGCAAGAGCCUCUCGGUGGAUGCUGCAGUUUACCCAAGUGGCGUCGGGAGCAACUGCUUGCACGUGUGUUACCACUCCACUGUGUCUCCCUGUCAUGGCUUUUGCGCCAUUAGUACAGAUACCAACAUAUCUUGACCACCAAAGUCCAUUUGAUGUCACAAAGCUGUCCAGUACCUUAAAAAUAUCCUCUCCUGUUGUCCUGGUUUCCAGAAGAGGAUGUCUUCCUUAAUUGACCCCCCGUAAACGUAACAGACAUAUACCAGGAGCUGUAACACAUAGAAUUCACUGGCUUUUAAGCGAAGCAGUUAUUGUUUCAAAACAUCUCCUGCCAUGGUGCGUCGUGAAACAGUGUUUGAAGAAGUCAUUGUCUGUAUAGUUUUUUUUGGCCUUUACCCCAGCAUUGUCCCAGCCAUAUCCGCGGCAGCAGGAAGAAUUAAGUCCUCCACAAUAAUAUGGGGCUUGCCUGUCCUAGCCACUCGGUAGCUCACCAUAUAAGAUCCUUCUAGCCCCUUCUUAUUAAUGGUAUCUGUUGCUUUUUUCACAUAUAACACACCGUGGCUGAGGAAAGGCACUACUCCCAAUAUAAGUGAACCCCAUUUAGUUCUCAUCAUAUUUGCUCCUCUUAGAUGGUCCAUUAUCCGUCUGCUGUUUGGGGCAGAAGCUCUUCGGCUGCAACAGAUUCACAAAUGUAGAAUUACUGAUGCUAGCAUUGGAUGUGCUUGUGGAAGCAGAACAACUUGUGUCAUUGACAGGUGCAGGUGUAGUACUGCUGGUGUGUCUCUAUGGACGAGGGCCUUACAAGCGUAAUGAGCAGUAGCUACAUUUGGCUACAUACGGACCGUUAGUGGAAUUCCCGUGAGAGAGUAACGGUUAAUGUGAUUGGAUGUUCAUUAUUUGAGUAGGCUACCUGUAUUUGACAUCGUGUUGUUAUUUUGCUGAACACUAGAUGGUUUCAUUUUAUUUUUGGCAGUGAAACGAGGCUACUCAGGCGAGAAAUAAACCUUACCCAAAUGUAUUACCCUGUUGGAAAAUAUAAAUGGACCAUUUGAAAAUGUGAUUCUUUUUUUUGGGGUUGUUAAAAAUGUAUCACAUUUUUAUUUGGCAUACCCCCGACGGAAUCCCCAGUUUGGGCAUACCUGGUCUAGAGGAAACUGCUGUGAAAUAACUGGACAGGUGAAAUCAAAUUUCUCAUAGAUAUCUAGCUACUAUAUUGUUUUCACUUAUUUUAUGUGUUCAUAACAGUAGAGACCACUUUUGACUGGUGUUAUGUACUCUGUAUAGGAUUGAUUUUCAUGAACAAGAAAAUAAAUGCCAUUCAAUGGCCUUUUUAGAAUGAGUGAAUAAAUGGGAUAUCCAUUUGUAUACUCACAAUCAAUUAGCUGGUUCUGUUGCAUGGCUUGAUUUUUAGUUUAUUGUU